AUGUCCGCCUCGGCCUUCCACACUCCUGCGCCCGUGCGCGAGCUGCCGCCCAUCUUUGCUGCGCUGCACGAGGCCAAGAACAAGUCGGGCAAGAGCUUCGAGACGAUCGCAAAGGACAUUGGCCGCAGCGAGUGGUGGACCGCGGGCCUCAUGUACGGCCAGGCCAAGCCUGAGCUGAGGGACAUCGAGGCGCUCUCCAAGUCGCUGAACAUCCGCAUGGAGUACCUCAACGAGGCGCUCGGCGAGUCGUUCAUCCCGCACCGCGGCGUCGGCGAGUGGCCGCCCAAGGACCCCGUCGUGUACCGCCUGUACGAGGCGCUGCUCGUGUACGGCCACCCGCUCAAGCACAUCAUCCAUGAGAAGUUCGGAGAUGGCAUCAUGUCCGCCAUCGACUUCAAGGGCGACGUGCAGCGCGUCGAGGACCCUGCCGGCGACCGCGUCGUCAUCACGUUCAACGGCAAGUUCCUCCCGUACAAGCGUUGGUGA